AUGACACAGGCGGUGGGGCGGAGCAGGGUGGUCGGAGACUACGUGGUGGGGAAGCGAAUCGGUGAGGGGUCUUUCUCGGUGGUGUGGCACGGAAGGCACAAGGUGCACGGAACCGAGGUGGCGAUAAAGGAGAUUGCCAUGCUCCGCCUCAACAAGAAGCUGCAGGAGAGCCUCAUGUCCGAGAUUUUCAUCUUGAAGCGGAUUAACCACCCUAACAUAAUCUCUUUGUACGAUAUCAUUCAGGUUCCUGGGAAGAUACAUCUUGUGCUAGAAUACUGUAGAGGGGGAGAUCUGUCCUUGUACAUUCAACACCAUGGACGGGUACCAGAGACAACUGCAAAGUAUUUUAUGCAGCAGCUGGCUGCUGGUCUACAAGUUCUUCGGGAUAAUAACCUUAUUCAUCGAGAUCUGAAACCACAGAACCUUCUUCUCUCCCAAAAUGAUGAGAAGUCAGUGCUGAAGAUUGCUGACUUUGGAUUUGCAAGGUAG